AUGUUUCUCCGAACACCAAGCCUGCCUGCCAAUCCCAUACCUAUACAUCAAGAAAACCCUGCUCCUGAAUCCAAACUCCUCCCCCUCGACUGCAGCUUCGAUCACGACUUCCAGAACCUCGCCCGAUGCGCCUGUGAAGCUUGCUCCUGCCCUCCAAUAGUACCGCAGUACCUUCCCGACCUUUCCUCAGCCUCCAUGCCAGCUGGGUCAGCCGCCGCCAUGAUGCCCUCGUUGCACUCCGACCAUACCAGCGGCUCUGGCAAGAGGCCGGCACCGCCACGAGCGCCCCCAGCCGCCAAGAGGCCCUGGACCCCGGAGGAGGAGGAGCGCUUCCUGGCGGCGAUGGACAGGUUCUACAAGCCCAAGGAGGACGAGGGUGGGGUAGGGCUUGGGCAGGGGGUUGCGGAGGUGAUAGCUUUCAUCGUUGGGACGAGGACGGCGGCGCAGGUGCGGUCGCAUGCGCAGAAGUACUUCUUGAGGAAGCGAAGAGCGCUGGUUAACACAUAG